AUGGCUCGAGACAGGGACCUGGACAGCGCAUCAUCUGGCGGCCAAUCAAAGCGACCUCCCCUCAACCACCGCGACAGCGAUUCUCACAGCGAUACCACAAAUACCUCGGGAGCUCCAUCUCACCAUCAUCGCACCAAACAUCACCAAAAGCAGCACCACGUCGGUCACGGCGCUCGAUUGCACGCUCGUGUCCCAUCUUCCAAAGCAGUCCACAAGCAGCAUGGCCACGUACAUCCUCAUGGUCAUGCACACGCCAACACUUCCAAACUGAAUCGAAAACCAGCGUCGCGGCCCACCUCACCCACCGAAUUCGAGUUCGACGAGGCUUCUCAACGCCCGUCGCAUCGCAGAGCCACCAGCGAGGUCAAGCUCCCUCGCCAAUCAUCUGCUUCCCAUCUGCCCAAGAGCUCGUCUCAUUCGAGCCUGAAGCGCAAUCGGUCGCACGUCGAGGUCGGUAAGCGGACUCGGUCAUCGGACAAGCUGAAGCGAACCGCAAGCGGGACGGGUAUAAACAAGCAGCCAGGAAAAUCCAGCAAGAUUCAGGUGCAUUUCGACUUAGGGAGCGACGAUCCCGAGGACGAAUGGGUUGACGCCAGUGGCUCCAAUUCACCAUACCUGUCACGAAAAGGGUCGCUUAACAGCAGCGCGCAGUCGUCAUUGAGACAAGGAACCAGCACGGAGAACUCGCGCCCUGUAACGCCAAGCGCUCCUUCCCAAUUGAAGCAAACAGUGCGUCCAUCGCCGGACCGUGCAACAUCUCACCAUAAGGAAUAUCUCACUUCUCGGCUCUUACAACGAACUCCGUCGCACGGCGCACCGCCCAAGAUGACUGUCGACAUUGCGAAAGCGGCGCCAACGCAAUUGUCCCGCUCCAUUAGCUCUACCGAUCGCAACAUAACACCGUCAACGGGCAGUAAUCAAGAUGAGCUUGUGUCACGAUUUGUUGACACUGCCAGCUCUGGUUUAGCCAGCCAGGGCUCAUUCUAUCAUCCCCCCAACAGCGCCACCAGUCGACGUUCCGAUGAUACUCCCCAAAGACCAAGUUCAAUGGCCAAUAUUGACCAGGCACCGAAGAACGCCGCAGAUGCUGGCACCUUGCCACCGGCUGAAGUUGACAAUAGCGCCUUGGUGCCAAAAGCUGGUAGGCGGACAGCUGGCCCGGCGGCAGAAACAUCGCGUACACAGCAGAAGUUGAACCUGCAGCGGGCCAGUUCGGUUUUGGAGCCGGGCCAAGCAUUAACCGGCGCUGGAGGCGUAGUUGGUGCAAGUCCAUUGAUCGGCGUCGGAGGACCAGGUUAUGAUGGCGGAAAUAGCCGUGAUCCUCGGAUUGGCAAGCUACUGGAACGAACAGGAAUGGAAUAUCUAGUGGUUCGACGAUAUCAAAACCCUGUCGCUCGAUCUUUGAAUCGACUCAGCCGCCUUCCGGGCAUGGAAAAGACCAGAAGAAUUCCGCGAACGCCUACAGGCGCUGUGAACGGGAAACGACUUGGGGAAACGAACGCUCGACAUACACGGAACGUCAGUAUGCCGGACCCUCGUCAAACGACGCCCAGAUCCGGUGCGUCUGUCAGAACAAACGGCGCAGGUUCCAGCUUUGACGGAGACGAUACCGCAAAGUUGAAUGAACGCCUUAGCGGAGUGAGCUUAGUCGGUGCUGAGGAAGAGGAUGGAACAAACACUCUCCUCCGCAAUUUAUGGGAAAAGUCGAUGGACCUGAGCGCGAGUACAGACUAA